UGACUGCGGCCUUCUGGGAGCUGUAGUUUGCACGCCAUGAGGCUGCUGGGAACUGUAGUGUGGUUUCGCUUGCCCUGCCUGCGUAAUGGCUGCUUACUGGAAGAUGAAUCCACCCCUAUUGGUUUCUUACAGAUCUGACAAGCAUCUGUAGUGACCUGUGAAUUCAUCAGUGAAGCAAGAUGGUGGCCUUUAACUGGAGGGCUUUGGAGAAUUUCCCCCUGUUGAUGUACAUUUUAGCUGCUAAAACAUUAAUUCUUUGCUUGGCUUUUGCUGGUGUAAAAAUAUACCAGAGAAAAAAGAUUGAAGAGAGAAUGAAAAAAGAACGUGAGGAAAAGCUGAAAAAGGAAGCAGACAAGAAGGAAAGUUGAAACUUUACAUGAGACUUCUUGACACUUGGCAGCUUGCUUGGACUGUGCCUGGGAGAACUGAAUGAUGUGUGCGAAGGAAUAAAACACUCCACAAAGUAAUUCUUUCUUGAGCUGGAUAUUGAUUUUUUAUACACACAAAAGGCAUAUUUAGGGCUUUAUUUAUGCAAUAAAGAUUCCUUUGUCAAA